CCUCUUUUAUCUUAUCUUCUAUCAAUAGAUCAUAAAUCCAAAUUGAAAGAGGAGUGUAUUUUUCUUAUAAAAAUCACACAACUAUAAAAUAUAAAUGAAAUAAGGCUACUCUAGAAUCAACACAUAAAUCAUUUGUACUAAUAAUCAAAUUCGUGAAACAUAAAAGGAGAAUUGAAUUGAACCGAAGAAGUUAGAGUGGUAGUAACAUCGCAAUGGAUCAUUACUCUUCUCCCGGAGGCACCUGGACGAUGAUUCCAACCCCAAAUUCCAAUUCCCAAAUCCAAUCCCAAUCUCAACCCAAUCAAGACCCUAACCUUUUUCUUCAACAACAACAACAACAAUUUCUCCAUCAACAACAACAGCAGCAAUCUUUUCAACAAUCACAAACCCCUCAAUCUCAAUUCCAACUCCAGCAGCAACAGCAACAACUUUAUCAACAACAACGACUUCUACAACAACAACCCCAACCCCAACAGCAACCCCAACAACAACAGCAACAGAAUCUUCACCAAUCACUCGCUUCUCACUUCCAUCUCUUACAUUUGUUGGAGAAUUUGGCUGAGGUUGUUGAACAUGGAAACCCGGAUCAGCAAUCAGAUGCAUCGAUUGCUGAAUUGAGUAACCAUUUUGAUAAGUGCCAGCAGUUGUUAAACUCAAUCUCUGCUUCUAUUAGCACCAAAGCCAUGACCGUUGAGGGGCAGAAGAAGAAGCUAGAGGAAAGCGAGCAAUUGCUAAAUCAGCGAAGAGAUUUAAUCGCCAAUUACACAAAAUCUGUGGAAGAGCUUGUCAAGUCUGAGCCAUAAGAGAGUAUCAUUCUUUUCAGCAUGCCAUACUAGAGUAUGUAGAAGCAUGGCAUUGUGGAAAGUGUGAAAUUUGGUAAUCUGAAGAGAUGUAAUGUAACUGAUAUAUAUGAUGUAAAAAUGGUUACCAUAUGUGCUUUAUUUUGGCCAUUGAUCUAAUGUUGAAUUAAGACUUUCGAAUUGUGAUUUUGGAGUAAAAUUUUCAUUUAGAUUGAAUGGAAAAUGUCAUUCAUGUAGUUGAAAAUGUCAUGCGGAAUUGAAAGUUAAAAUGGUUUUAGGAA